AUGGCUUCCUCCACGCCUUACCUUGUCCUACUCUUGUGCCUCACCACUUUCCUGCAGGCAUGGCUUGCUGCGGCAAAAUACCCACCGCCGCCGCCCCCGCCGUUUGAGCUGCCGGAGUCCGAGGUGAGGGAGAGGUUCUCCAAGUGGGUGAUCAAGUACUCAAAGCACUACUCGUGCCAUGAGGAGGAGGAGAUGCGGUUCCAAGUCUUCAAGAACAACACCAACGCCAUCGGCCAAUUCGACCAACAGAAUCCUGGCACCGUCGUCGGUCGCGGGUUCCGACCAACUGGGUUUCAGGUCCGUGGCUCGGGCGGGGUCCGUAUGAACAGGUUCGGCGACCUCAGCCCCAGGGAGGUCAUCCAGCAGUUCACCGGGCUCAACACCACCAGCUUCAAUGCCACGUCACCCACCUACCUCCCCUACCACUCCUUCAAGCCCUGCUGCGUUGACUGGCGCUCCAGCGGCGCUGUCACCGGCGUCAAGAAUCAAGGCACUUGUGGAUCAUGCUGGGCAUUCGCGGCGGUGGCGGCGAUCGAAGGCAUGAACAAGAUUAGGACAGGGGAGCUGGUGUCGCUGUCCGAGCAGGUACUCGUGGAUUGCGACACACGGAGCGGCGGCUGCGGCGGCGGCCACUCAGACUCGGCUAUGGCCCUCGUGGCCGCCCGUGGUGGCAUCACGUCGGAGGAGAGGUACCCAUACGCCGGAUUCCAGGGAAAGUGCGACAUGGACAAGCUCCUCUUCGACCACCAGGCGUCCCUCAAGGGCUUCAAGGCCGUGCCACCCAACAACGAAGGUCAGCUGGCGAUUGCCGUGGCCAUGCAGCCCGUGACGGUCUACAUUGACGCCAGCGGUUUUGAGUUCCAGUUCUACUCCGGCGGCAUCUACCGUGGCCCCUGCUCCGCCAAUGUGAACCACGCCGUCACCAUCGUCGGCUACUGCGAGGGUCCCGGCGAGGGAAACAAGUACUGGAUUGCCAAGAACUCGUGGAGCAACGACUGGGGUGAACAAGGAUAUGUCUACCUCGCAAAGGACGUGCCCUCGUCCACGGGCACAUGUGGCCUCGCCACCUCGCCCUUCUACCCACGGCUUGACCACAGGCAGCACUAUGUGUGA